CAGGAUGGCCACAGUCCUUCACUUCUAUGUUCGUCCCUCUGGCCACGAGGGGGCAGCUUCCGGACACACUCGAAGGAAGCUGCAAGGGAAACUGCCAGAGCUGCAAGGUGUCAAGACUGAGCUGUGCUACAAUGUGAACUGGACAGCUGAGAUGCCCCCAAGCCAUGAGGAGCUGAAGAAACUGACCUGGCUGUUCGGCUGCCCCUUGUUAUUGGAUGAUGUUGCCCAGGAGUCCUGGCUCCUUCCUGCCUCUAGUGACCUGCUGCUGGAGGUUGGACCCAGGCUGAACUUUUCCACCCCAACAUCCACCAAUAUUGUGUCAGUGUGCUGGUCUGCUGGGCUAAGGGCUGUGGAUCGAGUGGAGAUUACUCGGCGCUACCUGCUCUCGUUUGCCCACCCUCUUUCACCUGAAGCGGAGGCCAUUGCUCUGGCUACUCUGCAUGACCGGAUGACAGAGCAGCACUUCCACCACCCCAUCCAGAGCUUCUCCCUGGGGAGCAAGCCUGCUCCUCUUAAUGGUCCCAUUAACAUUCUGGCUGAGGGCCGGCUGGCCUUGGAGAGAGCCAACCAGGAGCUGGGUCUAGCACUAGACCCUUGGGACCUGGAUUUCUACACCAAGCGCUUUCAGGAACUGCAGAGGAACCCUAGCACCGUGGAGGCCUUUGACUUGGCUCAGUCCAAUAGUGAGCACAGUCGACACUGGUUCUUCAAGGGCAAACUCCAUGUGGAUGGGCAGGAGCUGGCCCAUUCCCUGUUUGAGUCCAUCAUGAGCACCCAAGCAUCCUCCAAUCCCAACAAUGUCCUCAAGUUCUGUGACAACAGCAGUGCAAUCCAGGGGAAGAAAGUUCAGUUCCUGCGCCCCAGGGACCCCACACGGCCAAGCUGCUUCCUGCAGCAACAGGGUUUAAGACACGUUGUCUUCACAGCAGAGACCCACAACUUUCCUACAGGAGUAUCUCCCUUCAGUGGUGCAACCACAGGCACUGGCGGCCGGAUCCGAGAUGUCCAGUGCACAGGCCGAGGGGCCCAUGUGGUGGCUGGCACUGCUGGCUAUUGCUUUGGAAAUCUGAACAUCCCAGGUUACAGUCUGCCUUGGGAGGAUCCCAGUUUUGUGUAUCCUGAGAAUUUUGCCCGGCCCCUGGAGGUAGCCAUUGAGGCCAGUAAUGGAGCUUCUGACUAUGGCAACAAGUUUGGGGAACCAGUGCUGGCUGGCUUCUCCCGCUCUUUGGGCCUCCUGCUCCCAGAUGGACAGCGGCGUGAGUGGAUCAAACCUAUCAUGUUUAGUGGGGGCAUUGGAUCCAUGGAAGCUGAGCACGUGAGCAAGGAGCCCCCGGAGUCAGGCAUGGAUGUCGUCAAGGUUGGCGGUCCCGUCUACAGGAUUGGACUUGGUGGUGGCGCUGCUUCAUCUGUGCAGGUGCAGGGGGACAAUGCCAGCGACCUGGACUUUGGGGCUGUGCAACGAGGAGACCCAGAGAUGGAACAGAAGAUGAACCGUGUGAUUCGGGCUUGUGUGGAGGCUCCUGGAGGAAACCCCAUCUGCAGCCUCCAUGACCAGGGUGCCGGGGGCAAUGGCAAUGUCCUGAAGGAGCUGAGUGAUCCGGCUGGAGCUGUCAUUUAUACCAGCCGCUUCCAGCUGGGAGACCCAACCCUGAAUGCCCUAGAAAUCUGGGGUGCUGAGUACCAGGAGUCAAAUGCCCUUCUGCUGAGGACCCCCCACCGGGACUUCUUGAAUUGUGUCAGCGCCCGGGAACGUUGCCCAGCUUGCUUUGUGGGCACCAUCUCUGGAGACAGGAGAAUAGUGUUGGUGGAUGAUCGGGAAUGUCCUGUGGGAAGUAAUGGCAGUGGUGAUGCCCCUCUGGCACCCCCUCCCACCCCCGUAGACCUGGAGCUGGAUUGGGUGCUGGGCAAGAUGCCACAGAAGGAAUUCUUCCUCCAGAGGAACCCUCCUUUGCUGCAGCAGUUGGCCUUGCCCCCAGGGCUGAGUGUACUCCAGGCGCUGGAGCGGGUUCUUAGGUUGCCUGCCGUGGCCAGCAAGCGCUACCUUACCAACAAGGUGGACCGUUCUGUAGGUGGCCUGGUGGCCCAGCAGCAGUGUGUUGGCCCCUUGCACACUCCUCUGGCAGACGUGGCAGUUGUGGCCCUGAGUCACCAAGACACUGUUGGGGCUGCCACUGCUCUGGGAGAGCAACCAAUCAAGAGCUUGCUGGACCCGAAGGUCGCCGCUAGAUUGGCUGUGACCGAAGCCCUCACCAACCUGGUAUUUGCUCUGGUCACUGACCUCCGGGAUGUAAAGUGCAGCGGAAACUGGAUGUGGGCAGCCAAGCUCCCCGGGGAGGGCGCGGCUCUGGCUGACGCCUGUGAGGCGAUGGUAGCACUGAUGGCAGCUCUUGGGGUAGCAGUGGAUGGUGGCAAGGACUCCCUCAGCAUGGCUGCCCGAGUGGGCUCAGAGAUUGUACAGGCUCCUGGGUCCCUGGUCAUCUCAGCCUAUGCUGUCUGUCCAGACAUUACUGCCACUGUUACUCCGGACCUCAAGCAUCCAGGAGGGAGAGGCCAUCUGGUCUAUGUACCUCUGAGCCCUGGGCAGCACCGGCUGGGGGGCACAGCUCUGGCCCAGUGCUUCUCCCAGCUUGGCGAGCAGCCUCCCAACCUGGACCUCCCAGACAACUUGGUACAAGCCUUCAACGUUACCCAGGGGUUGCUACGAGACCGUCUCCUCUGCUCAGGCCAUGAUGUCAGUGAUGGGGGCCUCAUCACUUGCCUACUCGAGAUGGCCUUUGCUGGGAAUUGUGGGAUAGUGGUGGACGUGCCUGCCUUUGGAGUUGAUGCACUGCCUGUACUGUUUGCUGAGGAACCAGGCCUGGUGCUGGAGGUGCAGGACCCAGCCCUGGCCCAGGUGCUGAAGCGUUACCAGGAUGCUGGCCUCCAUUGCCUGAAACUGGGCCACACCGGCGACGCUGGGCCCCACGCCAUGGUCCAGGUGUCUGUGAAUGGGCUUCGGGUUCUGGAGGAGCCUCUGGGGCAGCUGCGAGCCCUCUGGGAGGAGACGAGUUUCCAGCUAGAUCGCCUGCAGGCUGAUCCGCACUGUGUGGCAGAGGAAGAACGGGGGCUGAGGGAGCGACUGGGGCCCACCUACCACCUGCCCCCCAACUUUCCCAAGGCUUCUGUGCCCCGCGAGCCUGGUGGUCCUGCCCCCCGAGUCGCCAUCUUGCGUGAAGAGGGCAGUAAUGGAGACCGGGAGAUGGCUGAUGCUUUCCACCUGGCAGGGUUUGAGGUGUGGGAUGUGACCAUGCAGGACCUGUGCUCUGGGGCCAUUGGGCUGGACACCUUCCGCGGUGUGGCCUUCGUGGGUGGCUUCAGCUAUGCAGAUGUCCUGGGCUCUGCCAAAGGGUGGGCAGCUGCCGUGAUCUUUCAUCCAAAAGCCGGGGCUGAGUUGAGGCGCUUCCGUAAACGGCCAGACACUUUCAGCCUGGGCGUGUGUAAUGGCUGUCAACUGCUGGCAUUGCUGGGCUGGGUGGGAGGAGACCCCCAUGGCGAGACGGGGGGUGUGGAGCACAGCUCCUGGCCAGCCCAGCCAGGUCUCCUGCUGCGCCACAACCUGUCUGGGCGUUUUGAGUCUCGCUGGGCUAGUGUGCGUGUGGGACCUGGCCCGGCCCUGAUGCUUCGAGGAAUGGAGGGCGCUGUGCUGCCUGUGUGGAGUGCACACGGGGAAGGUUUCAUGGCUUUCUCCUCUCCAGAACUCCAAGCCCAGAUUGAAGCCAAGGGCUUAGCUCCACUGCACUGGGUGGAUGAUGCUGGGAAUCCCACGGAACAAUACCCCUUGAAUCCCAAUGGAUCCCCAGGGGGUGUGGCUGGCAUCUGCUCUGCUGACGGCCGCCACCUGGCUCUCAUGCCGCACCCCGAGCGGGCUGUGAGGCCUUGGCAGUGGGCCUGGAGGCCGCCCCCGUUCGACACUCUGACCACCUCUCCCUGGCUCCAGCUCUUCAUCAAUGCCCGAAAGUGGACCCAGGAGGGAGGUUGCUGAGAAGGCCAGGGAGACUCGCCUAGUGUGUGCCUGGGAAGGCUGCUGCCCGCUUUUGGCAUCUCCAGAAGCAUCCUAUUUUAUUUCCAAAUGUGUCUUGGACAGAUAAGGACGAUAAUGCCCUCCCCAACAACAACAACAAAAUCUAGAUCUGUUCAUCCACUGACUUUUUCCUUACACCAAGGGGCCCACUUUCAGUUCUGC